AUGGGUCACUCAACACAUGAUGAGUUCUUCAACAAACUUGCCGAGAUCUUCACCUCUCGCAAGGCCCAAUCUCAUGGCGCGAUCUUCCUAACCCAAAAACGACUCUCAUACAACCCUUCCACCCCCUCACAACAACCAACACCGGCAGCAACAGAACAAGCCGCCCGUGAUGCUCUCGAAGAGGAACUCCACCCAUCUCAGCCCCUCCCCAUCCUCAUCCGCGCCACCAACGGCAAAAGCGCCAAAGUCGCCAAACCCGCGCCCAACAAGCCCAAGAACGACAAAUCCGGGAAGAUCAAGCUCUCGACGGUUGUCCAACCCGACGAGCUGGAGGGAUUCUACGCGCGGUAUGCUGAGGUGUGUAAGGCUGGUAUGGCGGCGUUGAAGCCGCGUGAUCGGACCAAGACGAAGCGCAAGGCUAAGGCUAAGAAGAGGAAGGGCGGGGCCGCGGGGGCUGCUUGA